GGCUGCUGCAUCAUGAUCAUUAUUGCCUGGCAGAGUGCAUCACUCAUCAACGACAACUCCCCCUUUCCACCCAGCCUCUAUCAAUCAUCCUUGGAUCUGUCGACACAUCACAUUCUGUCACACUGAGCCUGCUCUAGUCACUCGUUUGCAGGUAUCUACAAGCUUCGGUGCAGAACGGCCAGUUCCAACAUCUCUGCAGCCAGCCCGGCACGCGAGUACCAUCACCCUCGAUCGAUUCCCAUCACUCGAUCCUUUCUCAUACCUCUCCUGUCCUUUGGCUCCCCAGUAUGAAGGUCGCCACAGCAUCGCUGUUAUCGAUACCCCUCUUUAUUUCACAACUAGCGACUGCCGUAUCACUACAAUGCGAUAACGUACAAUUAGACAAGAAAAAGUUCGACCUCUCCAAACUGUCUGGUCGGCACUCAGUAUGGGUGCAUGAUACCUCGAGGCCACCUGCAGAGUAUAAUACGACUUGGACGAUUAAUCUGUGCGAACCUUUGGAAAAGUUGGAUGGCAUUCCGUCGCGAAACCAGUGUCCUGCCGGUACAAGAGUAUGCGGCGUAGUCUCGUCGUGGAAUCCUGCCGAUGACCCAGACAAGAAGCAUGUCGAAAUCGAGAAUGUAAUCCCCGUCGCCGGCAAUUUCGAAACCAGCACAGGCCAAGGUCUCAACCCGGUCAUCACGCGCUUAAAGUCGCAGGACGCCAACGCCGACGGCCUCCAGAUUGAAUUGUCGGGUGGCACAUAUAACAAGUUGAAACAGAAGGCGGUGAUCCAGUUACAAUGUGAUCUUGAUAGGACUGGUAAUGAACAGAGGAGAAAACGUGCUGAACCUAGUGAUGACGACGACGACAAGGACAAGGGCGACCAGGACGAGUCACCGUCAACCAGCAGUCUCCAAUUCGUCAGCUACGGCGAAGUUGAAGGGAAGGAGCGUACGCAAGUGCUCCGUCUGAACUGGCGGACCAAGUACGCCUGUGAAGACUUUACCGAGGACGACGGGUCAGACAAGAAGGCCGGCUGGGGGUUCUUCACCUGGUUUAUUCUCAUUGCAUUCUUGGGCAUCUCAGCUUAUCUGAUUUUCGGAUCCUGGCUCAACUACAACCGAUACGGGGCUCGCGGGUGGGAUCUGCUACCUCACGGCGACACGAUCCGUGAUAUUCCCUACCUGGUUAAGGAUCUGUCGCGCAAAGUGGUUGAUACUGUAUCUGGUGGCGGGCCCAGAGGCGGCUACAGCGCAGUAUGAUAUCAAGACGCGGCCCGCAUGAACCACGACAGUGAAUGCCAUGACAUAUACAUGUACUAGAAUUUGGACUGAUGGUGUCGUUUGUCUGGUCGGCGCAGAGGAACCUGGGGUUGAGCUAGCUGGUUGUGUGAUGACACUGGUCUUGCUGGUCUUACUGGUCUUUUAGUGGUCUGUCUCUUCCUUCAAUGUAGAAUAAUUCAAAAGAUGGAAAAGUAUAGAAAGGGUUUUUUCAAGGAAUGGAGCCCGCCGUCAUGGUUUGAACCUGUCAGGGAGAUCAGGGUCGACUGGAUCAAAUGAAAGAUGGGUAUGGGCGCAUUCUACAUUACAGCAAGAAAUAGUGAUGAAUUUGAUGAUUCUCGAUGUCACG